AUGGCCUUGAGCAGGAGCUCUUCGAGGGACAGCAGCGGUCGUGGGCACAGCACCCAGAACGCUGCGUUGGCUGGCCCCAUGGUGGAACGGUUUGUUCAGGCACAAGCUCAGCAACAGGCACUGGAGCAGGCAAGGCAGUCUUCUGAGGGUGCCAACAAUGCCGUCGUCUCCAACGCCAGCUUCUCGUCCGUGUCCACGGCAUCCACUGGUCUCAAGAUGACGUCAAGCGCAAGCAACUCGCCUACGCUCAUCUCGAACGUGCCAACACCGGCGUAUGGCAACUCUAUGCUUCCCUCGCCGGAGCCGCUGCGUGGACGGGACUUGGACCCUAUUCCCAUCUCCUCGUUCCAGCUGCCGGAGUCGAUGUUGAGCCAUAAGAUGAGCGAAACCUCUCUCCUCCAGAACACCCCGCCACUCAGUAUGCAGCAGGGCGGCGGCAGCACCACCUCCAUGUCACAAGCACAAGAGGCAUCUCGGCAGAACGGCAGCAUCAUCCGCCGUCUGUCCAACCGAGCCUCCAGAGCGAUCACGCGACGCAGGCCGUCGUCUGCGCACCCCAACAGCCGGGACGUUAGUGUCGGGCCCGGCAUUCUUCGCAGACGAAGCGACAGCAACAACACCACUCCGGUCAGCGACAUACUGGACCGGCCUACCUUUGACACCGACUCCGAGUUCGAGGUUGACGAGCGGGACGAUGGUGACAGCAUUGCGGCUUCCAUGUUCGACGGCAUCGCCAACACGGACGCAUCUGCCACUAUUGUUGGCACGUCUUCUGUGAACGGCUCGGUCGCGACAGCCGCGGCGCCCACGCCCGCUGAGGUUGGUCCGGUUAUCCCGCUGGCCCUGCUCCAUGGCAUUUCUAUUCGCAAAGUGUCCAAGAAGCACAAGCGCGUUCUCCUCACCCUCGAUGCCGAGGCCGGCAAGGUCUCCUGGGACCGCUUCCGCCCGUCCAAGAGCAUCUACAUUGAUGAUAUCAAGGAGAUCCGCACCGCCGAAGACAUCCGUCAGUACCGCUACGACUGCAACGUGCCCGAGUCCGACGAAGGCCGCUUUUUCUCUAUCCUCUACCAAGUUCCCGGCGUGAAGGAGCCCAAGGUCAAGCAUUUCAUCGCUGAUUCCGAGGAGAAUUUCUUGGACUGGACGACCACGCUGGACGCCAUCUACAAGCACCGGCAGGAUCUGAUCGCGUCGCUCAUGGCCUUCAACGACAAGGCUGUGCGUGGCUACUGGAACCGGGAGAUGGCCAAGCAGUCCUCGGAGAAGCUUAACACCCAGCCUUCCACAGCCCUUGCUGGCGAGAUUGAUUUUGCGGGUGUCGAGCGUGUCUGUCGCAACUUGCACAUUCAUGUUCCUCAGGAGCGACUCCGCACCAACUUUGCCAGUGCCGAUGUGCACAAGACGGGCCGCCUGAACUACGCGGGUUUCCAAGAGUUUGUGCGUCUGAUGAAGAAGCGCGGCGACAUUCAUGCCAUCUACCGCACAUUGGCAUCCAACGCGAGCCUGGGCAUCACCCGCGACGAGUUCUUCGACUUCUUGCGCAACACGCAGGGCGAGAACGUCGACGAUGAACUUGCCUCCUGGGAGACUGUGUUCUCCAAGUUUGCCCGCCGGCCCAAGGCUUCAUCGUCGUCUGGAAAGGACAUUGCCGUCAUCAGUGACGGCGAGUCGGCUAUUAGCGGCAGCGAAGAGGUCCCGCGGAUGUCGGAGGCUGGCCUCGCGAGCUACCUCACCUCGACCUACAAUCUCUCCUUCAUCAAGGAGCCGAAGGAGUACACCUUUGACCGCCCCAUGAACGAGUACUACAUCUCCAGCUCGCACAACACCUACCUGGUCGGUCGCCAGAUCGCAGGCACGUCGAGCGUCGAGGGCUACAUCUCCGCCCUCACACGUGGCUGUCGCUGUGUAGAGAUCGACUGCUGGGACGGUGCCGACGGCCAGCCCAUUGUCAACCACGGCAAGACCUUGUCCUCGAGCAUGUCCUUCCGUGAGGCCGUCAAUGCCAUCAACCGCUAUGCAUUCGUCAAGUCGCCCUUCCCUUUGUGGAUCUCGCUCGAGGUGCACUGCAAUCCAGAGCAGCAGCGCAUUAUGGCCCGGAUCAUGCGUGAGGUCUUUGGCAGCAAGCUUGUCACCGAACCGCUUUCGGCCGCGACCAACCGCCUCCCCUCGCCGACUGAGCUCCGGGGCCGCAUCCUGAUCAAGACCAAGAAGACGCAGCAGCCCACCACUGCCACUCUUCCGCCACUUCCUCUGCAGACCGCGAGCGAAGUCAUUGCCGCCAACACGAGCGAGUUUUCGGGCCGCCGCCGGGGCAACAGCCUGCCGACGCCGUACUACAAGGCGCUGACUCUGGACGGCAAUGUCCCGAACGUAGUCUACUCGCCCACGUACUCGCAGCCAUCGCCUCUAUCGUACUCGGCCGGCCAGUCCCCCCCCGUGCUCAGCCCCGGCUACUCGACCCCAACGACGCCUCGCAAGGCCAGCACCCCCAAAGCGCGCGUCGCCACGGUCAACACCAUCACCGAAGGUCAGGUGGCGCGUGAGACCCCGAGCAGCAGCACGAGCGACUGCGACAGUGGCAGCGAGAAGGCUCCCACCAAGCACAAGCAGAGCAAGAUCGUGCCCGAACUGGGCUGCCUGGCUGUCUACUGCGUUGGCGUGCACAAGACGACGCCCUUUGAGGACCCCGAAUGCAAGGCCUUCAACCACAUUCUGUCGUGGGAUGAGACGGUGUACGACCGCAGCACCAAAGCGCGUGACUACCGCCAGGCGGUGUACUUCCACAACAUGCGCUACCUGAUGCGCGUGUACCCCAAGGCAUACCGGUUUGGCUCGUCCAACUUUAACCCUCUGGGCCAUUGGCGCCGCGGCGUGCAGAUGUCGGCGCUUAACUGGCAGACGUAUGAUCUGGGCAUGCAGCUCAAUGCGGCCAUGUUUACGGGCGGCACGGACGAGUCAGGCUACGUUCUGAAGCCGCGCGAAUGCCGCCAGUUCCAGGUGUUGCCCAACCUGCCUGGGGAAAGCAAGCCGCGCGAGCUCAAGCGCGAGCGCAAGAACGUCAACUUUAGCAUCGGUGUUGUCUCGGCCCAGCAGCUGAUGCGCCCCGUCAACUUCCCCGACCGCCGCACGCUGGAUCCCUACAUUGAGGUCGAGGUCUUCAUGGCCGACGACAAGCGCGACCGCGACGAGAGCAAGCAGCAGUCCGACCACGUGCCGCUGACCCCGCUCAUCUAUCGCACCAAGAUCGCCCCCGGCAACGGCUUCAACCCGGUCUUUGACCAGCGCUUCAACUUCCGCUUUACGACCAAAUACCCCGACCUGGUCUUUGUGCGGAUGAGCGUCAAGCUGGCCGACAACGGCAAGUACACGAGCGCCAACCCCACGGCGACCUUUACGGCCAAGCUCAGCAACCUCAAGCAGGGCUAUCGUACGAUUCCGCUAGUGGACGUGAAUGCCGACCGCUAUAUGUUCUCGACGCUUCUGUGCGAGAUCCACAAGGAGCCGAUUACGAGCGUCUUUGUGCCGUGCGCAACCGAUGCAGCCGAGGGCAGCACCAGCACCAACAAACUCAAGAGCAUCCGCACUGUCUUCAACCGUACGACAAACCAGAGCCCCAAGUCGAGUAUCGACAGCGGGCCGUCGUGA